UCAGACAGAAGGGAAAAAGUUGACCACCUUCCGGGAUUGAAGUUGUUUGGCAUUGCCCUAACCACUGGUAACGCAGGGAACGACAGAGCGUGGAGGUGGUGGACGGGCUGUCUGAAACGCGUUGGUAGCUGGGUGAGAGCAGUGUGGCAGGAUGCUGGAGGUGAACGUGGCGUACCUGACGGAGUCAGAGCGGGAGCUCAUCCUGGACGUGCUGAGGAGAGAUGAGGAGCUGCGACGAGUGGAGGAGAUGAGGGUCAGGAGGCUGAAGCAGGAGAUGCUGGACGUGAAGCGGCGGGGUGCCAAGCGGGGCAGCGGCAAGUACAGUGAGCGCAGCUGCGGGCGCUGCCAGGAGCCCCUGGGCAGGACGCUGGGCACAAGCAGCCAGUGCCACUCCUGCAAGCACCACGUCUGCCGCAACUGCCGCCUGGUCAAGCCCAACGGCUCCUGGGCGUGCACCGUGUGUGCCAAAGAAGUGGAUGUGAAGAAGAGCUCAGGAGACUGGUUCUACGACACAAGGGUGAACCGCUUCUCCACAGCACCGGGACACGACAUCGUCCGAGCCUCACUCAAGAAGCGGCCCACCAAUAAGAAGCGUGAGACCACUGGAGAGGUGCUCCUGAGCAGUGCUGACCUGAAGCCCAGCCAGACUGCCCCCAACCCUGCGGCCCCCAGCCCAGCUGCUCCAGUCCCACGGCCCAGAAAGAAGGACCAUGCACCCUCCAACAAGGGGCAGUUGCUGGAGGUAGUGGAGGAGCCGGAGUGUCAGGAUCCCCAGAGGAGCGAUACGGAGUCAGCAGAGAAGAGCAGCCUCUGCAGCAGCAACCGCACAGACACAGAGUCCUCACACAGCACACCAGCCCUCACCCGGAGGGCCCCUGCGUCUCCCCGUCUCAGUCCUGCCGGCUCCACAGCCUCCAGCCUCUCAGCAGCUCCCACCAAGGCCAGCAGGUCCCCCAGCCCUCUACGCAAGACUACACAGGACAAGUCAGAGACUGCCUCUCUGAGGCAUCAGCUGAAUCUGUCGCCCAACCUGGUGGAAUCUGAUGUAGACGGCCUUUUCAAGAGGAGUGUCAGACGGGUGCACAAAAUCUCAGACUGUCGUCCUGUAUCAACAAUUGACCUGCGGGCAGAUGGGACCAGUUCCAGCUCCACUCUCGGGUCAACGGGGAUGGGGGACAGGUGCAAGUCUGUGCCAGGCCUCAAUGUCUCUGAUGAUGAGGAAGAUGAAGACAUCGACAACCUGGUCAACAUCUACACGAGGAAGAUGGGGGACAGCACCUCGAGUCUCCGCAGCUCACAAAGCAGCACCCUGGGCAGCAUGAUGAGCGUGUACAGUGAUGCGGGGGACUAUGACACUGUGGAGGUGACGGGGGACCUGGUGUUUUUGCUGCGCUUCGAGGAGCGCAGCCAGACCCUCUCAGUGGUGGUCAAGGAGUGCAGGGGUCUGGCCUACGCAGACGAAGUCAAGAAGAAGUGCAACCCAUAUGUGAAGUGCUACCUCCUGCCAGACAAGUCUCGUCAGGGAAAGAAAAAGACGGCCAUCAAACGCAACACCGUCAACCCUGUCUUCAACGAGACCCUUAAGUACUCUAUCAGUCGUUCUCAGGUGACCACGCGCACGCUGCAGCUGUCUGUGUGGCAUUAUGAUCGGUUCGGCCGUAACGCCUUCCUGGGGGAGGUGGAGCUCCCUCUGGACUGCCACGAUAUCGACUCGGCUCACGAGCAGUGUGUGGCCCUCAGGGGGAAGGUGGAAUCUUCCCCUCAUCAGACCCCAUUCUCACAGUAUAAAGGAGAGUUGGUCAUCUCCCUGAAGUAUGUCUCAGCCAAAAACACACCAACCGAUAAGUCCAAAGGAAAGAAGGGAAAAACGGAGGGAGGGGCCGGAGCAGAGCUGCACGUCCUGAUCAAAGAGGCUAAGAACCUUACAGCCAUGAAGGCCGGCGGGACCUCCGACUCCUUUGUAAAAGGUUACCUUCUGCCGUCUAAGAAUAAGUCGACUAAGAGGAAGACUCCGGUGGUGAAGAAGACCCUGAACCCUCAUUACGAUCACACCUUCAUCUACCGGGACAUCACCCUGGAGCAGCUCGAGAGCAUGAGUCUGGAGCUCACCGUCUGGGACAGGGAGGCGCUGUCCAGCAACGACUUCUUAGGAGGAGUACGGCUGGGAAAUGGGACAGUCCCCGUGAGCUCCGGUAGCAGCGAGUAUCUAGCCGAGUCUUCCCCCGAGGAGGCCAGCCUGUGGCAGCGCGUCAUGCAGUACCCCGACUCAUGGGCAGAGGGCACUCUUCCCCUGCGAGCCUCCAUGGGGAAGAGCAAAUGAGGACACACACACACACAGAGCUGCCCGUCUCGUCUCGUUCCCUGUUGAGAGGCUCUCAACGAGGGCAGGCAGACAGUCUGUCACAGUGCACUGCCUCUUGUAAACCCCCACAACCAUCCACCCAUGCAGCUACCCCCUCACAUAACCCUCAUGACCCCCUCCUGUUCAAGAGCAGGGGAAGCGGGGUGUUACAUUUUAGAACUGAGUUUUACAAUGCCAAAGCAAAAUGUUUUUUUAUGAAGACUGAUCUAGAUUAUGUAUAAUAUUGUGGUGUACUGAUGUACACAUUUUAAAGUCCAAUCCACCCCCUCACGAACCCUCUCCUCUCCGCUGGAUCAUGUCAUGUUCAAGAGCAGGGGACACGGGGUGUUACAUUUUAAAAAUGAGUUUUACAGUGCCAAAAGAAAAUGUUUUUAGAAACACCUAUCUAGAUUAUGUAUAACAUUGUGAUGUAUUGAUGAAUCCAUUUUAAAGUCCAAGGGAGGAAUAUUAGUGACUAACCUAGUUAAGUUAGAAGUGAAUUGUUAACCUACUAAGACAUGAAUACUAGCACAUCAUUCUUUUAGUAAAAUGAAGCCAUAGGACCAUUCUGUGUAGAGAAUUAUGGCCAUACUCUUACUGAUGGUAGUGACGAGGUCUUCCCUUAACAGCCCUCGAUACAAAGAAAGCGCAAAAAGGGAGAAAGUAAAUACUUUUACCAUGUUAUAUAUUUUUUCUUUGUGUUUUCUGUGUUUGAACACAGUUGAACUUAAGUUACUUUAUAUACGUGUUGUUCUGUCGUUGCACAUUGUUCUGACUCUCAAACAUUUUAGGAUCACCUUUUUUUGUAUUUACACCAUCCAAUGAAAUCGCACGUUUCAAAAUCCAUCACAUAAUUUUAUUCACCUCUAAGUUAAUAUAAUAAACUUUUAUCAACAAUCAA